AUGGACACCAAGGAAAUCAGAUCCACAAUUUCAAAUCUUGAGAAGGCUGCAGAUGAUAAAACUAUUUUGAAGUUGUUGAACAUCUUGAAUGAUGGAGUUACCCCCACGGAGAAAUUAUUAAGGGAAACCAAAGUAGGUGUCACCGUAAACAAAUAUAGAUCACACGAUAACACCGAAAUCAACACUUUAGUUAAGAAAAUGAUUAGAAACUGGAGAGACGCCGUCCAAGCCGAAAAGAAUAACAAGAAGAAAUUAGCUGCUGCAUCUAGUUCUAACAAUUCACCAUCUUCACCAAGCAAUGGUUCUUCAAAACCAGCUACAUCUUCUACUACCACCAGUUCCAACUCCACCACCAGCACCACUAAUAAAGCUGCACCACCAGCACCACCAGCUCGUACAGGUCCAAGAAAUCCAAGAACUGAUGGAGUCAAUACCCAGAUCUAUGAAAAUGAUGUUAGAAAUGCUUCAAUCGGUGCAUUGUAUACAUCCUUGGCAGUUGAUCGUGAAGAUUCUUCUCAGCACAUUUUAAAAAUUGCUACUGAAAUUGAAUCCGAGGUAUUUAAAAGCCAAUAUCUGAGAGUUGAUGAUACUUAUAGAAACAAAUUAAGAAGUUUCACCAUGAACCUUCGAAAUAAAAAGAAUCCUGAAUUAAGAGAAAGAAUCUUAACCAAGCAAAUAACAGCUGCUGCAUUUAUUAAAAUGACUCCUAAAGAAAUGGCACCUGAAGCUUUGAAAUUAGAGAUUGAAAAAUUACAUAAACAAAACUUGUUUGACGCUCAAGGUGCUACUGAAAAGAGAGCAGUUACUGAUAGAUUUACUUGUGGUAAAUGUAAACACAAGAAAGUUAGUUACUACCAAAUGCAAACCAGAUCUGCGGAUGAACCAUUGACUACUUUCUGUACCUGUGAAAACUGUGGUAACAGAUGGAAAUUUUCUUAG